CGCGACGCUCCACCUUGGUUGCCCUAGGUUGCUGUUUGUUGACUUCCGGGAACUCGGUCGCCUCAGAUGCGCACAGUGUCGCUAUGGAGGCCCGAGGGGCUUUCACGGCCUGCUUGGUGGCCGAACGGCUACUUUAGGCGCAACCGAAUCGACCCCGCUGUCUUCUCGGCCCAGGCGCAGAUUCCCCGUAUUGCCCUCGGUAUGGGGGAACCUGAAGAGGAAGUGCCCGAUUCGGGUGCUGUGUUUACAUUUGGAAAAUCUAAAUUUGCUGAAAAUAUGCCCAGCAAAUUCUGGUUUAAAAAUGAUAUACCUAUAUAUCUUGCAUGUGGAGAUGAACAUACUGCUGUUAUUACAGGAAAUAAUAAACUUUACAUGUUUGGCAGUAACAACUGGGGCCAGUUAGGAUUCGGAUCAAAGUCAGCAGUUUGCAAACCAACAUGUGUCAAAGCUUUAAAACCUGAAAAGGUGAAACUUGCUGCCUGUGGACGGAACCAUACUCUAGUUUCAACAGAAGGAGGCAAAGUAUAUGCAGUUGGAGGAAAUAAUGAAGGCCAGCUAGGACUUGGUGACACUGAAGAUAGAGACACUUUUCAUCUAAUCGAGUUUUUUACAUCCCAGCAUCAGCUUAAACAGCUCUCCGCUGGAUCUAACACUUCAGCUGCACUAACUGAAGAUGGAAAACUUUUUGUGUGGGGAGAAAAUUCUGAAGGGCAGAUUGGCUUAAAUAAUGUAUCUAAUGUGUGUGUUCCUCAUCAAGUGACCUUUGGGAAACCUAUUGCCUGGAUCUCUUGUGGAUAUUACCAUUCAGCUUUUGUAACAAGGGACGGAGAACUCUAUACAUUUGGAGAACCUGAGUGUGGGAAGUUAGGUCUUCCCCAAGAGCUACUGAUGAAUCACAGAGUGCCCCAGCUGGUGACUGGAAUUCCUGAGAAAGUGCUCCAAGUAGCUUGUGGUGGAGGGCACACUGUGGUUCUCACAGAAAAAGGUGUGUAUACCUUCGGGCUGGGACAGUUUGGUCAGCUGGGUCUUGGCACUUUUAUCUUUGAAACUGCAGAACCCCAAGUCGUUGAGUCUGUUAAUGGCCGGAAAAUAACCUCCAUUUCUUGUGGAGAAAAUCACACAGCUUUGAUAACAGAUGUAGGCUGUAUGUAUACUUUUGGAGAUGGUCGAUAUGGAAAAUUAGGACUUGGAAUGGAGAAUUUUACCAAUCAGUUUGCUCCUACUUUGUGCCCUAAUUUUUUGAGAUUCAGAGUUCAUUCGGUUGCCUGUGGUGGAUGUCACAUGAUAGUUUUUGCCACUCCAGAACAUGUUACAGAAAAAUUUGAAUUUGUGGAAGAGAGUGAGCCUUGCACAUCAGGAGCAAUUUCUGUGCCCAUCAGCAACGUGACCUCAGGAAGCAUACUGCACAGUACUUUAUCGGCACGUGUACGUCGAAGAGAGAGGGAGAAACCCCCAGAUUCUCUUCAGAUGACACAAACACUACCUCCAGUUGAAAGGACUAUUGGGCCAUCUGCUUUUUCCCCCCUGAGUUCAGUUCCUUUCUGUGUAUCUACAACUAAUCUGACAGAAAUGAUGACUGAAAAAGAGGGCCACAUGAAGCACAUGGAACCAGGUAAUUUUCAAGAUAAAAUGAUUAAAGGGAAGGAUACAGAUAAUUCUUCAUCGGCAGAUACAGAAAGCCUUGGAGAAACUACUGAUGUCUUAAAUAUGACACAUAUGAUGAGCCUAAAUUCCAAUGAAAAGUCUUUAAAAUUAUCACCAAUUCAAAAAAGAAAGAAACAAGAAACAAUUGAGCAACUGAAGCAGCAUACAGCUCAUACUGAAAAGGAUGAUAGCAAUGAAUAUGAAAGUGAAGAGAUGUCCCAAAAAAUGAAAGAAGGGAAAGCAUAUAAACAAUUUUUGGCUAAAGGAAUAUACAUGGUACCAACAUCUGGGAAUGUGGAAGCACGUUCAGAUGAGGAUGUAGGUCACGACUCAGGCCAACCUGGGCCUCAGGCCGACACCAAAGAGAAGGGCUUGCAAAAAGAGACAUUUAAAUUUACAGAUAAGUGUAUUAUGUAUCCAUUUGAUGAUAAGAAAGUAGAAAAUAAAAGUGGUGGAGAAUGCAGUCAGAAAGAUUUAGAAGCAGAAGAAAUAGUCUCUGAGAAGGAAACUAAGCUGGCAAAAAUGGCAGGUCUGAAGGAUAUAAGAAAAAGUAAAGAGAACAUAAAAAUUACUGACAGAUUCUAUGGUGACUUACCAAAUAGAGUCAUGAAUAUUGAUGAGAAUUUUGAAGAAAGUGUUUUUGUUAAGGAAAGGAAAAUGACCAAGCAAGAUGAGAUCUUUGACAGUGAAAGAGAAUCUCUAGAGGAGUCAGACAGUUACAUGGAAGGUGAAAGUGAAAGUGAGCCCAGUACAACUGAUGGCUUCGAGCCGCCUGAGUCAGGAGACUGUAGUAGUGGAGAAAAAGAUGAUGAUGAUGAAGUGGAAACUUACCAAAACUUAUUGUGUAGCACAAAAUUUAUUGAACAAGAACGUGAGGAAGAACUCAUACUAUCCGAAUUCAUUACAAAAUAUGAUUUUAAGUAUGACCGCUUGCCACAAAUUCCAGAGGAAGAGGAAGAGGAAGAGGAAGAGGAAGGAGCAGAGGAUUUAGAAGGAAGUGGAAUAGAGGAGCAAAAGGUAGAGGAAAAUGUGGAGAUGCCUGGAGGAAAGGAGGAGGAAGCAGAGAUCCUGUCAGAUGACCUUACAGACAGAGCAGAGAAUUGCAAACUUUCAGAAAAUGAAGAACCAGAAGACAAGGAAGAAGAAGUUAAUGAACAUCUGGAAGGUGAGAAGAAAGCUGCGGAAGAUAGUAAAUGUGUUCCUGAAUUUGGCCACAGUGAAACCAGCAACAACUCAGUUAAAAAGGACCAAGAAAACAAACAGGAACCAGCCAUUUAUGAAUACAAUGAAAAUCCAAAAGGAAACGUGUGUGAGCAUGGAAAGAGCAAUUCUGCAGAAAACCUGGGAGGUAGUGAAUCUACACCAGCUAAAGACAUGAAAGUAUCAAAGAAGACUUUCCUUUUUAAAAGAAAGAGUCUGAAAAGUAUGCCGAGUAAUAAUGAGCCACUUCCAGAAAUAAAAUCAGUAGGAGAUCAAAUAGCUUUUAAAAGCAGUAAGAAGGCUUUUAUACAGAACCUACUUGGGCAAAAUAAUCAGGAUACAUCACCCCCAAAUACUGAGAAAACAUCAAAAUCCUGUGUAAUACUUUAAGUAUAUAUUUAUGUGGUUAUCAAGCAUGUUGUAAUUUAUACUUGAAAAACAUGACUUCUGAAGGAAUGUUUCUGAUAACAAACUUGAAGAUAUAAGCUAAUAAUAUGUUUUAUUUGAUUUGAAUAGUAUGACCAGUGUUGAUAUUUAUUUAUGCUAAUGUUUUUAU